AUGGAGAAGGAAGAACGUAAAGAAGUAUAUGAUACUCCAGUCACCGACGAAAAUGGAUCUCCUAUCAGCAUUGUUUGGAAACCUGAUUUAUAUAAGCUCCAACAAGAAUCCCCCAAGCCUCAGCCAGUAUUUGCACCUAGUGCUGUAUCCGGAUGUCCAUUUUUCUAUGGUCUUGAAUAUCAUGGAACAAUGAACCACAAAGAAGCAAAUUCAUUAUUAAAAGACGAUGGUAACUAUCUUAUACGACUAAGUACCAGUUCAGACGAUAAAAUGUAUACACUAUCUUUAAGAAUAUUUGGAAAAGUCCAUCAUUAUAAAUUAUUUUAUGACGGACAACAUUAUGUGUCACAAAAACGUUUUAAUACAAUUAAUGAUCUUGUUGCGGAUGGUUUGGUGACAUUGUAUAUGGAAUCUAAAGCUGGAAAAUACAUCUACUUAAUGCAUAGUUUAAUAAGUUAUGAGAAAAGCCCUUAUAUGACAUUAAAUAAACUCAAGCGUAAAACAAUCAAAAAACUAAAACCAAGGCAGCUUAAUUGCGAAGAAGUAGUGGAUUACGACAAACCUCACAAUUUUAAAACACAUAAUUUUAAAGGGCUUAAUUGGUGUGAGUUGUGUAGUAACUUUUUAUGGGGUUUUACACAGCAAGGAGUGAAAUGUGAAGAUUGUGGUUUCAGUGCACAUUUUAAGUGUUCUGAAAAGUUGCCACCAGAUUGUUAUCCAGACUUAAAAUUGUUUCGAGGUGUUUUUGGCAUUGACUUAACAACUCAUGUUAAGGCCUAUAAAACUAAUAGACCGUUUGUUGUAGACAAAUGUGUUGAAGAAAUUGAAAGGCGUGGCAUGUCUGUUGAAGGAAUAUACAGAGUAUCUGGUUUUCAGGAAGAAAUGGAUAGUUUGAGAUUAGCCUUAGACAAAGACGGUAAAGGAACAAUAAUGGACGAUCAAGCUUAUGAAAAUAUCCAUGUAGUAGCUAGUAUUUUAAAAAUGUACCUCAGGUUGCUUCCAAUACCACUAAUCACGUAUGAUGUCCAUCCUCUUGUCAUAAAAGCUUUAGAAACUCAAAUGUCGUGGGAGAGAUUAGCUGAGGUGAGGGCCGCUUUGAAAAAAUUACCUCCAGCACAUUAUAACACAUUGAGCUAUUUAAUGGCUCAUUUAUACAGGGUGACUUUACGACUAGAUGAAAAUAAAAUGACUGCUCAAAAUCUAAGCACUGUUUUUGCGCCAACUCUUAUGCCAAUGCCUGAUUUAAUUGAUUUCAAAGGUACAAUACCCGACAUGAAUCGCGAUAUAAGCGCACUACACAUGAUUAUUGAAAACCAAAAUAUAAUAUUUAACUAA